AUGGAUAAUUUCUUAGAAUGUAAUAGCGGUUCCAAUGAACAUGAUCAUUUUACCGUACGUAAAGGGAAAUAUUACGUUGUGGAUGCUGGGUAUGCGCAUUCUCCUGGAUUUAUGGCUCCAUAUCGAGGUGUCCGUUACCAUGUCAAUGAAUAUCGUACCGGACGUAAUCCCGUAAAUGCGAAAGAGCUGUUCAAUUAUCGCCAUGAGCAACUCAGAAAUGUUAUUAAGUGUUGCUUUGGGGUAUUAAAGUCUAGAUUUUCCAUUUUAAAGACGGCUCUACAAUACCCAGUAGUCACACAGGUCAAGAUUGUGCUCGCUUGUUGUGUCGUUCACAAUUUUAUUCGUUUGUCAGGGGAUGACGAAAUUGUGGAUGCGGAUGGUACAUUAAGAGAUGGUAAUGUAGGAGUGUCACCAUUAACGUUGGAGAAUGCUACUAUUGAUGACCUAUGCGAUGUGCUUAAUGCCACUCAAACGGAGAGGGAUGCAUAG